AGCAUUGAAGGCGGCGGCGGCGGCGCUGGCGGAGGGACCGAGAGAAACAAUAAAACCGUCCCGGAGGGAGACAGAUACCGGAGAGGGAGAGCCAGGGAGAGGGAGAGAGAAAGACCCGAGACUGAGAGAGGCGGGCACCGAGUGACCGAGCCCGGGGGGCGACGAUGGAUGGCUCGGAGGCCUCGGAGACCUUCGUCCACCAGACACACAUCAUGUCGGCCCUCUCGUCCCUCUUCAAGAGCGAGGAGCUCUGCGACGUGCGGCUGGCGGUCAACGGAGGGGCCCCGCUGCCGGCCCACCGCUUCGUGCUGGCGCUGGGCAGCGCCGUCUUCCGGGCCAUGCUGUCGGGCGAGCGCUGGGCGGACGGGCGACGGGGGACGGUGGAGCUGACGGAGGAGGAGGGGGCGGCCGCCUGCUUCGAGGACUUCCUGCGCUACCUCUACACCGGCCGCAUCGCCGUGGGGGUGGACAACGUCUUCGCCGUGCACGGCCUGGCGGAGAAGUACGAUGUGGCGCCGCUGCGCCGGGCCUGCGAGCAGUUCCUGCUGGACAACGUGGCCCAGGCCGGCGCCCUGGAUCUGGCGCUGGCCUGGCACCGCUACGCCCGCUUCGUGGGCUUCGCCCGGCUGGAGGAGGCCUGUGACACCUUCGUGGCCUGGAACCUGGACGCGGUGAUGCGCUCGCCGGACUGGCUGGCCCUGGAGGAGAGCCAGAUGGAGGCCCUGCUGCGCCGCUCGGACCUGGUGGUGGAGAGCGAGUUCGCCCUGUGCCAGGCGGUGCUGCGCUGGCUGGACCGCCGGCCCCAGGCCGCCGCCCGGGCCCUGCUGGCCCACCUGCGCUUCCCCAUGAUGAGCCCCGACGAGCUGGCCGCCCUGCGAACCAGCCCACUGGCCCCCCGGGCCCUGCUGGAGGACCUGCUGGCCCAGAGCCUGGGCCUGCACCAGGACAGCUGCCUGACCAAGGAGCACGUGGGGCGCCUGCACGGGGCAGAGUCCUGCCCCCUGCGCCAGCGCCUCUACACUGCCAAGGCCUGCGGCAGCCCCUGGCAGCUGGACUUCUUCAGCUCCAUGACCAAGACGGUCCUGUGCAAGGAGUUCGCCACCACCAACUUCCGGGUGCAGUCCAAGUGGUUUGUCACCUUCCACCCCAAGGGCGAGCGGCUGGUGGUGCAGGAGGAGCGGCCAGUGCGCGGAAGCGUCCGCCUGCCCGCCCCGCCCGGCGCCAAGCGGCGCUGCACCUGCCCCGGCCUCUACGAGCGGGUGCUCAAGGACAACAACCGGGCGGCCCUCCACUGCAAGAUCAUCCGCUGCCACUCCAGCAGCCGGGCGACCCACGAGCACCAGAUAGCCGUCCUCUUCUACCGCUUCCUAGCCGGCCGCUGGCUGGUGUGCGACCUCAAGACCUUCAACAUCCCUCACUGGCAGGACGUCAAGAUCGACGACCUGCUGCCCGCCGCUGAGAGGGGGAAUUCCGAACCCCUGAGCAAGUUCCGAGUCAGCGCUCGCCAGAGACGGAGAUCCAGACAACCAGCAGUGCACACCUCCAACGCGAGUGCAGCGGGACAGGUGUAUCUCCACGACCAGACAGCAGAGGGAGAGGUACCCGACACCCUGCAGUGCACACCUCCACCACGAGUGCAGCAGGACAGAUCCAUCUCCACGACCGGAGAGCAGAGGGAGAGGUCCCCGACACCCUGCAGUGCACGCCUCCACCGUGAGUGCAGCGGGACAGGUCCAUCUCCACGAUGGGACACCAGAGACAGAGAUCCACGACACCCUGCAUUGCACACCUCCACCGCGAGUGCAGCGGGACAGGUCCAUCUCCACGACGGGACACCAGAGGGGGAGAUCCACGACACCCUGCAGUGCGCACCUCCAACGCGAGUGCAGCGGGACAGGGACAGGGACCUGGACACGGGACAGGGGCGCAGCUGCACAGCGACGGCUGUGGGGACGGGGAUUCCCCCCUCGGGUUGCCUCUGGGAUCCCCCUCCGGCUCCUUUGCGGGGUUUGCGAUGUUGGGACCCUCCCUCCACCGGUGCGUGCGGGGAGCAAGACGGAGCUCGCUGUGUGUGUGCGGUGGGGGGGGGGUGCCCAGAAGUGCGUCGGACCUCGCGAUAGACUUAGCUGGGUGGGCACGCCGUCUGCUGCGGUGGACCUCUCUUUCUGCUCCUGUUGUAAUGUUACGCAUUGACCCGAUGGAUAGCACUGAAUGUACUUGGUGACUUGAUUAAAAUGUGACGAGAGA